GUCGCAGGCACAGGCACGGUCGCAGGCACAGGCACCGGCACAGGCACGGUCGCAGGCACAGGCCCCGGCGAGGCAGCGCGCACGAGCGGCGGCGCAGCGGGCGGCCGAGCGCCGAGCGGGAGCAUGAUCGUGGACAAGCUGCUGGACGACGGCCGCGGCGGAGAGGGGCUGCUGGACGCGGCCGGCGACGGCGGCCUCAUGACCAGCCCGCUCAACCUGGCCUACUUCUACGGCGCCUCCCCGCCCGGCGCCUCCGCGGGGCCCUCGGCGCCCGGCUCGCCCGGCUCCGACUCCUCCGACCUGUCCUCCGCCUCGGCCGCCUCCUCCGGCGGGGCCGUCGAGUCCCGGCCGAGGGGCGGCGCCCGCGCCGAGCGCCCGCCAGUCGAGCCCCUUAUGGGGGUUGGCAGGCAGCAGAGAGGACCCUUUCAAGGUGUUCGCGUGAAGAACUCGGUGAAGGAGCUACUGCUGCAUAUCCGAAGUCAUAAACAGAAGGCUUCCAGCCAAGCUGUGGAUGAUUUUAAGGCACAAGGUGUGAACAGAGAGCAGUUCACAGAGUUGAAGAACACGGUGUCAUACAGUGCGAAGAGGAACGGACCUGAGUCACUGUCUGAUGGACCAGCUUGCAAAAGGCCAGCUUUGUUACAUACCCAAUUUUUGACGCCACCUCAAACACCCACGCCCGGGGAGAGCAUGGAGGAUGUUCACCACAGUGAACCCAAACAGGACGGCAGCGCCGAUCUGCUGCAGAACAUUAUCAACAUUAAGAAUGAGUGCAGCCCGGUUUCCCUGAACACUGUCCAAGUGAGCUGGAUGAGCCCUGUGGUGGUCCCUCAGAGCUCGCCCCAAGAGCAGUGUCAGGACUUCCACGGAGGGCUGGUCUUCUCUCCUCCUCAGAAAUACCAGCCAUUCCCAGUCAGCAGCUCCCCGCACACACUGGAUCAGGCUUCCAUGUACCAGUAUUCUCCACAGAGCCAGAACAUGCAGCAGCAGCAGCACUACACCCACAGCCCAGCUCUGGAAUACAGUCCUUAUUCCAGAACUUCCCAGUCCCCCAGCUAUGAACCAAACCUCUUCGAUGGUCAAGAACCCCAGUUCUGCCCAAACCAAGGUUUUGCAUCCCUUCUAAGUAGUCACGGGGCAUCUGAGAAUGUUGCUCUUCCCAUUCAGACUUCCCCCAGUGUUCAGCCCCAAAAUGAUGCCCACCUGCAGAACUUCAGCAUGAUGCCCCAUGGCGCCUGUGAGGCCAUGGUGGGGCACGAUGCCGGCUCUGCCCCUUUAAGCACUUCACCGCCUUUCCAGAACAUCAUCAGAAAUUCAAUGAACACCACACAGUUAGGGAAGUCAUUUUUUCAGUGGCAAGUGGAGCAGGAAGAAAACAAAUUGGCGAAUAUCUCCCAAGACCAGUUUCUCUCAAAGGAUGCAGAUGGUGACACGUUCCUCCAUAUUGCUGUUGCCCAAGGCAGAAGGGCACUUUCCUAUGUCCUUGCAAGAAAGAUGAAUGCGCUCCACAUGCUGGAUAUUAAAGAGCACAAUGGACAGAGUGCCUUUCAGGUGGCAGUGGCUGCCAACCAGCACCUCAUCGUGCAGGAUCUGGUGAACCUUGGGGCCCAGGUGAACACUACCGACUGCUGGGGCAGAACCCCUCUGCACGUGUGUGCCGAGAAGGGCCACUCCCAGGUGCUGCAGGCAAUUCAGAAGGGAGCGGUGAUGAGCAAUCAGUUUGUGGAUCUUGAGGCCACUAACUACGAAGGCCUGACCCCCCUCCACUGUGCAGUGGUGGCCCACAACGCUGUGGUGCACGAACUCCAGAGGAAUCAGCAGCCCCACUCGCCUGAAGUGCAAGAGCUUUUACUGAAGAACAAGAGUCUGGUUGACACCAUUAAGUGUCUGAUCCAGAUGGGAGCAGCCGUGGAAGCUAAGGAUCGUAAAAGUGGCCGCACAGCCCUGCAUUUGGCAGCUGAAGAAGCCAAUCUGGAGCUCAUUCGCCUUUUUCUGGAGCUGCCCAGUUGCCUGUCCUUUGUGAAUGCAAAGGCCUACAAUGGGAACACUGCCCUCCAUGUUGCUGCCAGCCUGCAGUACCGGGUGACACAGCUGGAUGCAGUCCGCCUGUUGAUGAGGAAGGGGGCAGACCCAAGUACUCGGAAUUUGGAGAACGAGCAGCCCGUGCAUUUGGUUCCUGAUGGCCCUGUGGGAGAGCAGAUCCGACGCAUCCUGAAGGGGAAGUCCAUUCAGCAGAGAGCUCCACCGUAUUAGUUCCAUUGACCUGGAGCCGGUCGGCAACACUCACUGUCAGUUAGGCAGUCCCGAUGUAUCUGUACAUAGACCAUUUGCCCUGUAUUGGCAAAUGUAAGUUGUUUCUAGGAAACAAACAUAUUUAGUUCACUAUUAUAUAGUGGGUUAUAUUAAAAGAAAAGAAGAAAAAUAUCUAAUUCCUCUUGGCAGAUUUUAAUAUUUCAUCCCCAGGUAUCUGGGCUCCAGACAUCUGGAUUUAAUCUGAAUGGUAAAGUUGACUUCAAUUAACAGUAGCUUUGGGUAGGAAAAGGCUUUGAUUUGUGGCAUUAGGCAUUGCUCAUGUAGCUAUUGCCACUUUAAAAGCAGGGAAAUUGUAAAUUUUUUUUAAGAAAAGUGAAAGCAUUUGAAAGGAAAAGUCUCAACCUGGAUGUCAUGUGGAGGCUUCGUUUGGCCUGACUCGUACCCGAUAGUUACUGCUGGUGUUGGAAGGUCUCUGGUCAUUGGACUAGAUGAAAGGCACCAAGGGUAAAAUUUGAUUUUUGCAAACUGUAUAUAAUUGUUAUUUUUGUCUUUUAAAAUAUUUGUACAUAUUUGGUCAUUAACAUGGCCAUGUUUGAAAUGUGUAAAUCAAUAAAAUAGAAAAGAACAAGUGAAUUGUCACUAUUUUUUGAAGUUAUGCACAUUCAAAGGAGCUGUGUCAUCACCCAGCUGCCAUCUCUGCAGAUGAAGCGGAUGGAGAGCUGUGGCCUGUGGCUGACAGAGCUCUGCGUGUGCUGUAGAUAGGCUUUCUCGCAUGAUCUGAGAUCAGAUACGUUACUUUUAGGGACUUGCAUGCUCUUACAGAGAACACCUCUUUGUGGCUCACUUUCUAGACUUUAUAAUUUACUGGCUCUGUUGGAAUUUUGUUUUACCUUUAUAGGAACAACAAAAAGUCAGUAUUGAAACAUGUCAUACUGGUUUUCUGUUAUCAAAUAAUGAUCAUGUGCCAUGACAUUUUAUAUUAUCAUUCAGAAAAAAAUGCUUUGUCUUUUAGUAACGUUAUCCUAUUAAUAUUAUCUUGCUUAUGUCUGGGAUGCCCUAAGGAGCAUAUUUGGCUUUGAUUGCACACUAAUUCAUUGUAAUAAAUUUGAUUCCUUAAAAACCUUUUUUUUUUUUAAAUGAGAGGUCUCACACGCAGCUGACUUGACUAAUCAGCUUUAUAGUUAAAAUCUUGUUAAAAAAGAGAAGCUGUGGAUUGAUCACAUUGUUUGACCCAGUAUGUCUUGUGGACAAAAGAUAGUUAUAGCUGUUUGGUAUCUGAAAAUAUGGCUGUGAUUGAACUAGUCCAUUCAGACUCAUGGAGAAACUCAUGCAUGGUUUUAAAUAAACAUUGAUUGAGUAAUACUA